CCGCUGAGCGUCGUCUAUGUCUUCACCGAGGACGUGGAGGAGCCGCUGCCCCUGCGGUGCCUGCGGGAAGCCUGCCACGAGGAGGGGCGCGCCGCCGAGCUGACGACCCUGCCCUUCGGGACGGUGAUGCUCGGAGACACCGAGACCUUGGACCGGUUCUAUAACGCGGAUGUGGUUGUGGUGGAGAUGAGCAACAGUCUGUGCCAGCCUUCGCUCUUCUAUCACCUGGGGGUGCGCGAAAGUUUCAGCAUGACCAACAACAUCCUCCUUUGCAGUUACAACAGUCUUCCGGAGCUGCAGGACUUUCGCGACUGCAACGGCAAGCUGUCCUGCACGGCCGUUGGCAGGAAGCGGUGUGGCUACUUCCGGGAGAUGAUCCGGAGAGACAUUCGCAGGGCCCGUGAAAGGUACAGCGGGGAGGAGCUGAGCCGCGAGCUGACCAGCAUCCAGCAGCGCUUGGACAGUGUGGAGUGCCUCAGCUUGGAUAUCGUCAUGAACUUUCUUCUGUCCUACCGUGAUGCGCAGGACUGUAACGCCAUCAUCAACCUCGUGGAGACCUUGCAGGCUCUGCCAACUUGCAACAUUGCCGAGCAGCACAGUAUCUGUUUCCACUACGCCUUUGCUCUCGACAGGCGCAACCAGCCUGGUGACCGAGAGAAGGCCCUCUCUGUUCUCCUGCCCUUGGUGGAGAAGCCAGAAGGGGCUGCUCCUGAUCUGUACUGCAUGUGCGGCCGCAUCUACAAGGACAUGUUCAUUGAUUCUGGCUUCACUGAUCCGGAGAAGAGGGACCAAGCCUUUUAUUGGUACCACAAAGCUUUUCUGACAGAGCCGAGUCUUCAUGCUGGAAUUAACUCAGUCGUCUUCCUCAUUGCGGCUGGGCACCGAUUCGAAACGUCUGUGCAGCUUCGACAGAUUGGUAUGAAAGUAAGCUGUGUCUUGGGCCGGAAAGGCUGUUUGGAAAAAAUGCAACAUUACUGGGAUGUGGGUUUUUACCUGGGCGCAAGUAUCUUGACCGGUGAUAUGGACAAAAUCAUUCAGGCUUCCGAGAAACUCUAUAAGCUCAACGCCCCUGUCUGGUACCUGAUUUCUAUCAAAGAGACCUAUACAAUCUACAGUCACUUCACUACUCCCCUGGACACUUGGUCACCCAAACAGGAGCUGAUGGAUUUCUGGCUGGGAUUUGUGAUGGCGUGUUGCCAGCCCUUCGUCUCUACAGAGCAGUGCUCGGUAUUGAUUCUAGAACUGGGCAGAGUGUUGCAACCAUCCCAGCUCUGUAUCGGCAGGCAAGGAUCAGAAAAAUCAGUGACUCUGAGCCACAUUUGCUCCUUGGAGGAGGAAGGAACUAACACCUGGACAUUUCCAGUAUCUUCCAUCCGUGGAAUCAGCAUCUCCAAGUGUGAUGAGCGCUGCUGCUUCCUUUAUGUGCUUCACACAGCUGAAGACUUCCAACUGUACUUCCCAACCCAGUAUCACUGCCGCUGGUUUUGUGACCUGAUCCAUUCCUUCAUGGCAGAAAUGGGUGAGGAAACGGACAGCUGUACCUCCCCCAAGGUGUUAGAGUAUGACUAUGAAUAUACAGAAACAGGCGACAGAGUGAUUCUGGGCAAAGGCACGUAUGGGGUGGUCUAUGCUGGCCGGGACCUGAGCAACCAGGUGCGCAUUGCCAUUAAGGAGAUCCCGGAGCGGGACAGCAGAUAUUCGCAGCCUCUGCACGAAGAGAUUGCUCUCCAUAAGCGUCUGCAACACAAGAAUAUAGUCCGCUAUCUGGGUUCUGUUAGUCAAGAUGGCUUUCUCAAGAUCUUUAUGGAGGAGGUACCUGGUGGGAGCCUCUCCUCUCUUCUGCGAUCCAUGUGGGGUCCCCUGAAGGACAACGAGCCAACGAUUGUCUACUACACAAAGCAGAUCCUCGAGGGACUGCGUUACUUGCACGACAAUCAGAUUGUCCAUAGGGAUAUCAAGGGAGAUAAUGUCUUGAUCAACACGUACAGCGGUGUGUUAAAAAUUUCUGACUUUGGCACUUCCAAGAGGUUGGCAGGAAUCAGCCCCAAAGCAGAGACGUUCACAGGCACCCUGCAGUACAUGGCUCCAGAGGUUAUUGAUCAGGGGCCACGUGGGUACGGCAAGCCAGCUGACAUCUGGUCCUUGGGCUGCACCAUCAUUGAGAUGGCUACAGGCAAGCCCCCUUUCUUUGAGUUGGGCAGCCCUCAAGCUGCCAUGUUCAAGGUGGGCAUGUUCAAGAUCCACCCAGAGGUGCCCGGUUCCAUGUCAGACGAAGCCAAGGCCUUUAUUCUGAGCUGUUUUGAGGCUGAUCCAGAUAAGCGGGCAACGGCUGCUUCCUUGCUUCAGGAGCCCUUUUUGAGGUUGCCAAACAGGAGGAGAUCUAGGAGCCCUGUAGUGCCAGAUGAAGGGAUAAUGCCAAGCAAACCUGAAAGGUCAACUUCAGCAGAUGCUGUUGGUUUGUCCAGGAGCUAUUCCUCAUCCUUACACCCUAUGAGGACACAGACGGAGAAUGCCUUUCUAUCUCGGAGCUCCAGUGAGGCAUCUUAUAGAACCAACUACCUAAGAGUUUCUGAAGAACUGGCCAACGUGGACCUCAACCUGUCUUCUUCUUCUCAUGAGGAGAGCGGCUGUUUGUUCUUGUUGAAGAAGGACAGUGAGCGGAGGGUAACCUUGUCCAAGGUCCUGACCGAGGAGUUGCCCAGCAUUGCUGCCGCCAUCCACAAGGCCCAAAAGGAGGCCUGGCCCGCGUCGUCCUCCCAGGCCCUGCUGUCGCUGGAGCACAUCUCGCAGCUGGUGUCCUGCCUCAAGAGCUACAUCCGCUCGCCCAGCCGGAAGCAGCUGGCCCAGGACCUGCUCCAGCUCCAGGCCAGCUUGCAGGCGGACGGCCUCGGCCUCGGCCAGACCCAGGUCCCGCUCUUCACCUUUCAAGACAUGGUAAAGCAAGCUCUCCGGAAGCUCCAGAUCAAGCCCCACUGGGUGUUUGCGAUGGAUAACCUCAUGGGGCAGGCGGUCCAGGCAGCAUUUACCAUUCUCUUGACAGAAUUUAACUUGAAGCCACAGCUUUUACAAGGGACAGGUUGCCUUGAACCCCUGAGCCAAGCAGAGGAGGAAGCCGAUGGCCUUUCGAUCCAGGAGACGUCGCCUUCGAAAAGUCAAGACUGCAUUCUCAGGGAUGGCGCAGAGACUUCAAGUUCUGGAGUUGGCACCGCCACCAGCAGCUGGCUAGACUCCCAGCAUCCAUUGAAGGACCGUUUGCCUCUCAUGUCCCAGAUUGAUCAUUUACAGGUAGAAACGAGAAGAUUGCAGUGGAAGCUGAUGGAGAAGGAGCGUGAAUUCCAGGGGCUUCUGCUGGAAGCGCUGCAGGCUGUAGAGAAGGAUGCCUGGACAAUAAGAAACUCAAAGCCAACACAAGUCUUUACCCCCUCGACGCUUUGUGGGGAGAAAGAAGAAGACGUGGUUGCAGAUCCACCAUUGACCAAAUGGUUAGAAAAACUUGGAGCAGACAAAGAUACAGUUGCCAAGCUCUUACAUCAUGGCUUCACUCUGCCUGUCCUGCUGAACUGUGCUACGGCUGAUGACCUCCGGUACACAUGUAUCAGAGGAGGGAUGGUGUGCCGCAUCUGGAGAGCCAUCUUAGAACACCGGCAUCAGCCGUUAAAAGAUGAUGCUGACCGAGAGCAAGAAACCAAGGAAAACUCUGGAUCUGUUUGA